AAAGGAAUUGAGAAAGGGAAAAAAGAAAGAUAGGAAGAAAAAGAGAGAAAAGGGCGCACAGCCACCUAGACCACGGCCCCAAACCACUACGGUCCGUCGUCGUUCGUCAGUCUCAGUCUUCUUUUCUUCUUUUUGGAGGCUUUCUCUUCCUUCCAUGGAACCAGCCGUUGCCACAGAGACGGAGCGAAUCCAGCCACAAUCUCACUCCCUCACCCCCUCUUCCUCCGCCGCCGCCGCCGCCAGCAAAAACAUGAUUACUGCUCCGUCGGCACCGGCUCUUCUUCUUCUUCCCCUUCCCCACAAUUCCUCCUCUCUUUGACUUCCUUACUUUCCAUCUAUCACUUCCUUGCUGUAAUUAAAAUCCGACCCUCCCUUCCUAGCAGGUUUUUUUUUUUUUGGGUUCUUCUUCUUAUCUUUACUUACCGUCUCCUAUCGCUCGAAAACAGUUGGCGGAAGCAGCUCCUCUGUUUGUUUAGAUCUAUCCGAAUCGGCCCUCCCCCUUUUCUUUUGUCGGUGGGGGGUUGAUUAUUCCCUGUAUAUUGUGUCUGUGAACCCUAUUCUUAUUCUUUCUCUUCACUCUGCUGCUGUUCAAAAACGUUGGAUUAGGGUUUCGCUACUCUAGCUAGGGGGGUUUCUUUUCGUUUCUAUUCUCCGCGCUCCCGUGGGUUCCUUCCGUUUGUUCUUCUCCGAUGGAGCCCCGUGUUGGCAAUAAGUUCCGGCUCGGUCGUAAGAUCGGCAGCGGGUCGUUCGGGGAGAUCUAUCUGGGCACGAAUAUUCAAACCAAUGAGGAGGUUGCAAUUAAGCUGGAGAGUGUGAAGACAAAGCAUCCUCAGCUGUUGUAUGAAUCCAAGUUAUACAGAAUCUUGCAGGGAGGAACUGGUAUUCCAAAUGUGAGGUGGUUUGGUGUUGAAGGAGACUACAAUGUUCUGGUGAUGGAUUUGCUUGGUCCUAGUCUUGAAGACCUAUUUAAUUUUUGCAGUCGGAAACUCUCUUUAAAGUCUGUUCUUAUGCUUGCAGAUCAGAUGAUCAAUCGAGUAGAAUUUGUUCACACUAAGUCCUUCUUACAUCGAGACAUCAAGCCAGACAAUUUUCUGAUGGGUCUUGGAAGACGGGCCAAUCAGGUAUACAUCAUUGAUUUUGGUUUGGCUAAGAAAUAUCGGGAUAGCUCAACUCAUCAGCACAUUCCAUACAGGGAAAACAAAAGUUUGACUGGCACUGCUAGAUAUGCAAGCAUGAAUACUCAUCUUGGGAUUGAGCAAAGCAGAAGGGAUGAUCUAGAGUCUCUUGGUUAUGUUCUUAUGUACUUCCUGAGAGGAAGCCUUCCUUGGCAGGGACUAAAAGCAGGAACGAAGAAACAGAAGUAUGAGAAAAUUAGUGAAAAGAAGGUUUCUACUUCAAUUGAGGCCUUGUGUCGGGGAUAUCCAAGUGAAUUUGCUUCGUACUUUCAUUACUGCCGUUCAUUACGGUUCGACGAUAAGCCAGAUUAUGCAUACUUGAAAAGAAUAUUCCGUGAUCUCUUCAUUCGUGAAGGCUUCCAGUUUGAUUAUGUCUUUGACUGGACAAUAUUGAAGUAUCAGCAAGCCCAGCUGGCUAAUCCUCCUGCUCGUGGCCUUGCUCCGGGUGUUGGAACUAGUUCUGGAAUGCCUCCUAUUGCCAGUGUGGAUAGACAGACAGAAUUAUAUGAGUGUGAUGUUGUGUUUGUACUUUUUGCCCGUGUCCUGGCAGCUGAAGAGGCACGUCCUGCUGCUGGGCAGUCCAUGGACCCCGCUCGACGGAGAUUCUCUGGACCAAUAUUGAACUCUGGAAGUUAUACAAAUAAUAAGCAAAAGAGUCCGGUUGGAAAUGAUGCUCCUAAGGAUCCCAUUUUACCAAGCUCCAACUUCUUGGGUCGAUCGUCGAGGCGUGCUGCAGCAGCUGUUUCGAGCAGCCAUGGCGAUAUGUUUGCCGCUGGAAGAAGCGAGUCUGGUGGAGGUGCUGGUCUGGUGAAAGUUUCGAGUGGUCAAAGAAGCCCCCCUCCUGUUGGUUCGUCGGGGGACCCUGCCAGGCGUACAUCAUCCUCUGCUAGAAAUACAACGCAGAUAAAGACUACAUUCGAAUCCGCCCUGAAGGGAAUUGAGGGUCUGACUGUUGACAGUGAUGACAAAGUUCCAUAUUAAGAGAGAUUCUCUCUAUAUCUUCUGCAAGCAGGCUGAGGCGGGCAGCUGAUAAGCAAGAACUAAAAAUUUGUUUGUAAAGCAGGAGGAUCUCCAAUGAUGUGUGCUGUUGUCGCUCAGCUGGGUAGACUAGUUUGGUACAAGGGUGUGAUGAGUUUGUUGUUGAAGGUGGAAAAAGAGUGUUAAGGCCGGAUUUUAUUUCCGGUUUGAACACCCGGGAAGUGCACAUACAUGAAAAUAGAGAGGCAAAGCUUCUGGGGAUUGAAUUGUUGCUCUCUGCAACAGAUGCUGUGUGUAAGCCAUUUUAGUUCCAACUAUGAAUUUGCGCCCGUUUAAACCAUCCCAGGUUGAUCAUAUAAUUUGCCCUGGUCAUCUUAAGCUUUAAAUCUUCUCUUAUCGUUGUAGUUCCUCCGCGUAAGAUUUCGUUUAUCCUGCAUUUGCUUUUCAGUUCACACGACCAUAUCCUUGUAUCUCGAUUAUUGGCGUGAGCCAGGUUGCACAUUGACAGGUUUUCGGCAUCACCGAUUCAUCAAUGUAGUGAAUUUGCUUGUUCUUUGGUA